AUUCUAGAAAUAAAAGCGGAAUUUUCAUGACAUACCGUCACAGAUUCGGAUGCUACAUUUUCAAGACGAAAUUCUCACAAAAAUGACAACACAAGAAGGUGGUUGUUUAUUUCAAAUAGGGUAUUGGUUCUACACUAGGACUUGUCUUGGUUAUAUUUAUCACAGGAGAGAUGUUAACAAAGCCAGGGAAAAAUAUGGAGAAGGAGAAAGUCAUUCUGUCAUACAAACAAAAACAUAUAAUGAUUUGAAGAUAACACCUGUCCCUAUGUCCUUAGACAACCUGGCAUAUGUAAUAACAGAUGGCAAAACAACAGUAGUUAUAGACCCUGGAGAUCCAGAACCUGUAAUUGAAUACCUUGAGAAGAAUAACAUAAUACCAGAUGCUGUUUUGGUAACACAUAAACAUUGGGAUCACAGUGGAGGAAACUCAGAAAUGAAAAAGAAAUACAGAAAAAUUAAGAUAUAUGGCAGUGCUACAGAUAAUAUAAAUAAUGUUACAAAUGGUGUAACACAUGGUGAAGAACUAAUGUUUGAAACUAUGAAGUUUACUUGUCACUUGUCACCAGGUCAUACAACAGGUCACAUGUACUUUGUUUUAGAUGGUUCCCCUUACGGAGCCCCAGAUUCUGUCUUUUCAGGGGAUCAUUUGUUUCUAGGUGGUUGUGGGAGGAUGUUUGAGAAACCUGCAUUUUCAAUGUUAAAGUCCCUUGAUGAGAUUUCAGAUCUGCCCUCAGACACAUUGGUCUGGCCAGGUCAUGAAUAUGCAUCAGAUAACCUUGAAUUUGCCUGCCAUGUUGAACCCAGCAAUGAAAAAGCAAAGGAAAAGUUAAUAUGGGUGAAAGAACAAAGACAAAAGAAAAUGUGUACUUGUCCGUCAACAAUGGGAGAAGAAUUAACAUAUAAUCCAUUCCUGCGAACAAAAGAGAGGACAAUAAUGGUUGCUGCUGGUGCCCUGUUUGAAGGAGAAUAUAAAGUACCAGAUGAUGAAUCCAGAGCGCAAGCUUUGUUUGAACUUAGACAGAUGAAAGACAAGUACAAAUACAAAUUAUGAUAAAGUUUCAUGUAUAUAUUAUAUCUCUGUAUAGAUUAGAGGGUUGUACUUAGACAGAUGAAAGACAAGUACAAAUACAAAUUAUGAUAAAGUUUCAUGUAUAUAUUAUAUCUAUUUAUAGAUUAGAGGGUUGUAAGGAAUAUUUAACAUGCAUGAUGAACAAUUUUCAAAAGUACAGAUGUACUGAUAUGUUCAGCUGCAAAGUGGUCUAUAAAUACCAGUGUCAAAUUAUUGUGUAUGUGAUUUUUUUCAAUUCAAACACUUUUGUUAUUUUUUUUUGUGUUUAAAUUAAUUUAAGAUACCUUUUAUGCCCCUGGGGCAGUUAUAACCCCUAAUGACAUUAUAUGCCAGUGGCAUUAUCUGUGUCUCAUGGA